CUGCAUUGUCGGUGGGCCAUGUCAGUCAAGCCGACGAUCGCGCAGAACUUGUGGCGCAAGAAACGACUGUUAACACAAGGGGUGCUGCAGGCCAUGGGCAAAACCCAGCCCAGCGACGACACCAAGUUCAAGGACGCUUUGGCCACGUAUGUUGCGUAUAUCGCCCACAUUCGCCAAGUGGCAGCGCGACUCGACGCCCAGCGGGUGGCUUUGCUCGCGUUCGAUGCAGCUUCGACGAGUUUAUUCGACAUAACGUUGCCACAUGGCACCUCGCCUUUGGACGCACCCGCCCGCUCCAUUUUGGAUGCCACGAUGACAGCGGCGGUGCAGGCCUUAGACGCCAAAGCAAAAUCCCUUGCAGUUCAUGAGGAUGUCAUCCAAGCUCGAGCAGCCGCCAAACUGGAAGUGGACAGCUUGUCCCGCAUCAAGUCGAGUCGAGUAGAGGCUGCGACCGCGCUUCUCGAGACAUUAACCGACCGCCUCUUUCGCCAGUUUGCCCUUGUCCAAGCGUAUCGACAUGAGUUUAUUGCAGACGAGGUGGCCAUGGCCCAGCAGGCAGUGGGGGUGUACGUGGCUCAGUUGUCAAGUACCCCCCUCUUCCCGAGUGAAGAAGUCUCAUCUGAAUCGUCAAAGCCUCACUUGGCCACGUCUUGGACUUCCGAAACCCAAACAAGUGCAUCCACUUCAACUGAAGGAGAGGCUAGCGACCGCCUCCCACGGGAACCGAACGCGACUUCGUUGUCGGUCGUGCCACUGACACCACAACAGGCGACUGUACCCACCGCCACCCGCCUGCGCGUUUCAAAGUUGACAGUGAGCCCAUUCCUCGCUAAGUUGAAGCUGUUAUCCACCCAGCUCAAUCCCCAUACUAUUUUAUAUAACCCAGGACAACCAAUCCACGACGACGACGGCACGACCAAUCAAGUGGACGACGACGAAUACACGCUCGAUAUGACGGCGUCCGACCAGUGUGUCAUAGGCGGCGGCACGAACCAGUCUCUCUUACUAGUGUACAGUGUUCCCCCCAGCACUUAA